GGAGUUCUCGCGAGAACUGGCAGGCGGCGCGCGGCUCCGGGCAGCUGCCCUUCCCAGGCCGGCGUCGGCAGCGCUGUGCGCAGGCGCGGCCGGCGGGUUUCCCCGGGCUACAGCCGGCGCCGCUGCCCGCUCGUUAGCCGCCUUGCGCCAUGGCGGGCUGCGCGGCGCGGGCUCCGCCGGGCUCCGAGGCGCGUCUCAGCCUCGCCACCUUCCUGCUAGGCGCCUCGGUGCUCGCGCUGCCGCUACUUACGCGCGCCGGCCUGCAGGGCCGCACCGGGCUGGCGCUCUACGUGGCGGGGCUCAACGCGCUGCUGCUGCUGCUCUAUCGGCCGCCGCGCUACCAGAUCGCCAUCCGAGCUUGUUUUCUGGGCUUUGUGUUCGGCUGCGGUGUGCUGCUAAGUGUUAGCCAGUCGUCUUGGACUCACUUUGGCUGGUACAUGUGCUCCCUGUCAUUGUUCCAUUAUUCUGAAUACUUGGUGACAGCAGUCAAUAAUCCCAAAAGUCUGUCCUUGGAUUCCUUUCUCCUGAAUCACAGUCUGGAGUAUACAGUCGCUGCUCUUUCUUCUUGGAUAGAGUUCACACUUGAAAACAUUUUUUGGCCAGAACUCAAGCAGAUCACCUGGCUCAGCAUCAUGGGGCUGCUGAUGGUGGUCUUUGGAGAAUGUCUGAGGAAGGCGGCCAUGUUUACAGCUGGCUCCAAUUUCAACCAUGUGGUGCAGAAUGAAAAAUCAGAUACCCAUACUCUGGUGACCAGUGGAGUAUACGCCUGGUUCCGGCAUCCUUCUUACGUCGGGUGGUUUUACUGGAGUAUUGGAACUCAGGUGAUGCUGUGUAACCCCAUCUGCGGCGUUGGCUAUGCCCUGACCGUGUGGCGAUUCUUCCGUGAUCGAAUAGAAGAAGAAGAAAUCUCACUCAUUCACUUUUUUGGAGAGGAGUACCUGGAGUAUAAGAAGAGGGUGCCCACGGGCCUGCCUUUCAUAAAGGGGGUCAAGGCGGACCUGUGACGGGCAGUGACUCCGGCAACCAUGGGUCCUCCGACCCUUUGCAGCCUGGGACAAAACUGUUUCCGGUUGGCCGCUGCAACAUGGAUUUUCUUAAUCGUUUUAUAUGGCACUAGUCACUCAUCUGGAAUGUCCCUUGAGACCAAGCGGUCAGAAGGCCUGAGGAACCAAGGCCCCACUGGAGCAGCCUGUCCUUGUGCUGAAUCAAGGUGGAAUGUGGGUGAAAUACCCGUAAGAGGCAAAUCACAGCAAUACUCCACAGCGCCCUCCAGAGUGACCUGGGAGAACCGAGGCCACACGCCACUGCCCCCGAGGACAGAGUGUAAGUAAAGAAAGGAUAACUAGGACUCCCUAGGAGAGAUAGACUCUGUCCUCAGCAACACUUCCACAGCAGAAAGGGGUAGUGGGUACCCUGCUUAUCAGCAUUAAAAAUGCAUUUACAAGCUUUUAUUUAACCGAAAAACAAACCGCUUUAACCUCUUUAUUUCUGUCCCUACUGCAUGAACAUCUAGACAGUUUUAAAGAUACUUCCUCAUAAGAUGCUUUGGCCCUUCAUCUAUUUAAUCGUAGCUACAUAUCUAUUUUUAUAAGUAGCAGUACACCUUCCAAGGGGACUCAACUUUUAUCCUGCAGCAAGUAAGCCUAGAUACCUCCAUAUGAUUUGGCCGAGUGGCUUUGUGUGACCAUGGCCCCGGCCAGCUUUCCUGGGGGUCCUGGCUCCUGUUGUCAGUGACAGGCAGCUCAAAGGAGCGUCCGUUUCUCUUGAUCCAAGAAGUGCUUACCAAAUGCCUGCUCUGUGCAUGGCGUUAAACACUGGGAAGUGCUGCUCUCCAUUCAUUUGGGAUUUGAUUCUCAUUUUACCAUAGCUUAUAUUCUCAAUUUAAAUGUAAAUCUCAGAACUCUUGUUUUCUGUGUUCUGUUCUCAAAAUUACAUUGUCCCUCAUGUCAUUUCAAACUGUUUUCCCAAGGGGUUUAAGCAUAUACAACGACAAAUCCAAGCAGAUUGACUCUCAAAAAGAAUCUUCAAUAGUGCAGAUAGUCCCAGCCAAGAUUCAGUCAAUACGUUUGUUUUGCAAGUUUGGAAGAGCAGUUGGCUUUGAGUCACACAUUGAAGCUUUAAGAGGUGAGACGCUGGCUUCAUUCUGGACAAGACAGAAACUUGGCCUCAGUGUGAGAUCCUGCCACGUAGUGUUGCGGUGGCCUGAUGAAGUGUGAAUGUGAAGGCGGUGUCGGCGCGGGUCCAGAGCACCACUCUGUCGCCCCACCGCGCAGCUUGUGAGGAGCCACUAAACCUUUCCGUGCCUAGACCUCCCCAUCUGUGGAAUGGGGUCAAUACCACCUACCUCACAGGGGUGUUGUGAGGACUGAGAGUAACAAUGUCAAAUGUGUGUAGUACUCAGAUGCAGGGGUGACAUCAAUGAAAUCUGUACUGUAUAAAAGCUACACAAACAUGGGCAGACAUUUGGUUAAUUGUGCCAGAUACCUAAAAUGUAUGUUCAGAAAAGCAUUUUAUCAGCUAAGAAAUAUGAUUUAUUUCUAGAUUUCAUGGCUUAAUGAAUUUUUUCAUUGUUAUAUAUACCAAAGAGGCUUACGGGUUCAUCAAUUACUAGGGUGACACCUGCUGGUUUGAAAAUCAGACAGACUUGCCCGCUGGCCCUCAAAACGGGCGUGCGGUGGGACUCUAGCCAAGGCGGUGGCCGAGCCAUCAGUAGAAUCUCUGGAGUGAAGGAUCCCCGGUGGGACAUCACCUGGCACUCACUCUGUUUGGGAGCUUGAAUCGGUUCUAAACUUGUCCUUCAGACCAUUUGCCUAGGGCAGCAAAUUCCAUUUCCUAGAACUGCAAACUGGGAGAGGAUGGAGUUAGAUGCUGGCAGCCUGCCCCAGCUCUUUGAGGGAAAGUUCUUUCCCCUGUAUCUAAGUAGCAUGGGGCCCAGCCUCCAUUCCCAUUGGGAGCCAUGAAGUUUUCUUGUUGAUAGGUCUGGGGCAGCUGUUGGCAGCCCCUGGCCUUGUGGAUGGUAAGACUGAUAGUGUUGGCAUUUGAUACCAUCCUCCAUCUGCCAGAGGCCAGAAAGCCCACCUUCACGCCAGGCCCAUCAGCUGGAAGGAACCCAGGAGGCCGGUCUUAGGGUUUCACAGUGAAAUGCUGCCUGACACCAGGGGAAACUUGACAUUGUAGCCUGCUUUAAAGAGGAAUUCCAGGGGUGGGGAUGGUGAGAGAACAUUCCCACCCUCCUUAUAAUCCCAGGGCAGAAGUCAGCAAUUGCUUAGGGAUAAAAGAUCCCUUGAGGGCAGGAUUUGGUAAAUGAUUGACUUCUUUUUAGUUCCAUGAUCUGGAGAUUAUUUUUAGCUUUAUAAAUUCAGCAGUGGCGGGGCCUGCUGCAGAGAAUCAGGUUAAUGAGGUAAAGGCUUUUCUGAAUAUUUGCUGCCAAGUCCGCGUCACCAAGUUUCUCAUUUAAAAAGCUGUCAAGAGAUUUAUUUUUUCAUUGCAGGUUUUAAAGUGGAGAUUCUUUUUUUUUUUUUUUUUUGAGACGGAGUUUUGCUUUUGUUACCCAGGCUGGAGUGCAAUGGCACGAUCUCGGCUCACUGCAAUCUCCGCCUCCUGGGUUCAGGCAAUUCUCCUGCCUCAGCCUCCUGAGUAGCUGGGAUUACAGGCACGCGCCACCAUGCCCAGCUAAUUUUUUGUAUUUUUAGUAGAGACGGGGUUUCACCAUGUUGACCAGGAUGGUCUCGAUCUCUUGACCUCGUGAUCCACCCGCCUUGGCCUCCCAAAAUGCUGGGAUUACAGGUGUGAGCCACCGCGCCCGACCAAAGUGGAGAUUCUUAAAUGGAAAAUAGGUACUGCCCAGAACAAAGCUACUUGGAAACAGCAUAAAGUGAAGCCUUUCGUGAGGGCUUGCAGGCUGCUGCUGAGUGGCAGUUUACAGAAGUUGUGGGGUGAGCCUCUUAGCAGGACAGAAAACAAGGCAGUGGCCCACCUGCAACCCCUUGCUAGUGCGAGCUGCUCCUUAAGCCUAAAAAGUAGGCUUUACUCAUCCCUUCUGUUUAUAUACCAACCCGGGGGGUCGAUUUGACAGGGAAACGUUCCUGAACCAGGAAGUUGCAUUAACCGAUCAGGCUUAGUAAGAUCUCGGCCACAGCUGGCUGCUAGCAGUCCCCCCACGACGGACACAGCACACCACUGUCCCUUCGCUGCACUUUCUUCCUGCCUUAGGUAGUUGGGCUUGCCCACCAUAGUUUGCUUUUGUAGUGGUUUGGCAAGGUUAGAAGACCUGGACCUCUCUGUCGUGGUGGGAAGUGCUUAUUCUCUGGGCGCCUGCUGCAGAAGACAUGGCAUCUGAAUGGGUUUCGAAGACCCGGCCAUCUGCAGUAGAGGCGGUCUGUCCCGUUGCAAGGAGAGGAACUUCAUGGAGUAAUUAUUCUACUCUUCUUUUUACAGGCACAAAUGUUUAUUUAAAUAUUCUAAAUUGGAUUUUCUUUCACAGAUAAUGAUUAUUCUUUCCAGUUCUUAAAUAAAUAAAACUGCACUUGAUUUCACUC